UGCUCCGCAGCGGGGCCCCGCGUCCUUACGCACCCCUCCCCGCAGCAAGAGCCACGAUGGACGACAUCUUCACGCAGUGCCGAGAGGGCAACGCGGUGGCCGUGCGCCUCUGGCUGGACAACACCGAGAACGACCUCAACCAGGGGGAUGACCACGGCUUCAGCCCCUUGCACUGGGCCUGCCGCGAAGGCCGCUCCAACGUGGUCGACAUGCUCAUCAUGCGGGGAGCGCGCAUCAACGUCAUGAACCGCGGCGACGACACCCCGCUGCACCUGGCUGCCAGCCACGGCCACCGCGACAUUGUGCAGAAGCUGAUCCAGUUCAAAGCAGACAUCAACGCCGUGAACGAGCAUGGGAACACGCCUCUGCACUAUGCCUGCUUCUGGGGACACGACCAGGUGGCGGAGGACCUGGUGGUCAACGGGGCCUUGGUCAGCAUUGCUAACAAAUACGGUGAGACGCCCAUUGACAAAGCCAAGACGCCGUUGCGAGAGGUCUUGAAAGAGCGUGCUGAGAAGCUGGGCCAGAGCCUCACCAAGAUCCCCUACAAGGAUACCUUCUGGAAGGGCACGACCCGCACACGUCCCAGAAAUGGGACUCUCAACAAACUUGCUGGAAUAGACUUCAAACAGCUGAGCUUGAGCCAAAAACUCAAUGAGAACCAGUCAGGAGAGCUGUGGAAAGGGCGCUGGCAAGGCAAUGACAUUGUCAUCAAAAUGCUGAAAAUCCGGGACUGGACAACGCGGAGGAGCCGAGACUUCAACGAGGAAUACCCAAAGCUGCGGAUCUUUUCUCACCCCAACGUGCUACCAGUGCUGGGCGCCUGCCAGUCCCCCCCGGCGCCCCACCCCAUUGUCAUCAGCCACUGGAUGCCCUAUGGCUCCCUCUACAACGUGUUACAUGAGGGCACAAACUUCGUGGUGGACCAGAUGCAGGCAGUGAAAUUCGCCUUUGACAUUGCACGGGGCAUGGCCUUCCUCCACACGUUGGAGCCCCUCAUUCCACGCCACCACCUCAACAGCCGCAGCAUCAUGAUCGACGAGGACAUGACAGCACGGAUCAGCAUGGCUGACGUGAAGUUCUCCUUCCAGUGCCCAGGGCGGAUGUACGCGCCAGCCUGGGUGGCACCAGAAGCCUUGCAGAAGAAGCCGGAGGAAAUUAACAGGCGCUCGGCUGACAUGUGGAGCUUUGCGGUGCUGCUGUGGGAGCUGGUGACCCGUGAGGUGCCAUUUGCAGACCUGUCCAACAUGGAGAUAGGCAUGAAGGUGGCACUGGAGGGGCUACGUCCAACCAUCCCACCCGGCAUAUCCCCGCACAUCUGCAAGCUGAUGAAGAUCUGCAUGAACGAGGACCCGGCCAAGCGCCCAAAGUUUGACAUGAUCGUGCCCAUCCUGGAGAAGAUGCAGGAGAAGUAGAGAGAGGGGGUGCCUCCCAGCCAGCUGACGCUGCCAUGCUUCCCUCCCCGCUACCCCCAAGUGCCUUCUUUAACCCCAGAGCCAAGGGGGAGCAGGGAAUGCCCCCUCACCCUGAGCCAGCCACGGACACACGGUACAGACGAUGCUGCCUUCUCUGGAGCUGCUCUGCAGGCUUCAGGCACUGUAGCACAUCUAUGGCAGCACCUCCAUCCUCCCUGGCAGCUACGGGCAGAGACUGAGCAGGAGGCCUGGCCCACAACACUGAGCAUGGCUGGGCUCUGCUACCCGUGAGGCUGGGACGGGGCUGUGGAGCCACCCUGUCCUCCUCGUCCCCAGGCCCCGAGCAGCUCACCCACUUAACAGUCUCAUGUUAGGCAACGCCCAGUCCUGGUGCUCUUUCCUACUAAGGACAGCGGGGUGAAGCUUGCCCGUUGCGCCCAGCACCACCCCAGCUUUGCGCUUCACUCUUUAUGGUUUCCAUCCAGGCCAUGUGGAAAAGCCGCCAGCAUCCGAAAUAAAUCUUUGUUACGAAAACUG